AUGCGGCGAAGCCCCAGGCCGGGUUCUGCUGCACCCCCCCACAAACACAACCCAGAUUUCUACAGCGACCGCAGCAACAGCUCAGUGAGCGCCACCUCCCGGGACAGCGGCUCCCGCAGGGGCAGCCGGAGGUCACAGGUGGGCUGGAAGCUGUCUACUGAGUCUUGCGCUCCCCAAGACGGGGGAGCUGGAGGUCUGUGGCUGAGGAGCGCUGCAACAGCCGCUGCAGCAGGAGCAGCCGCGGAAUCCCGCAGCCUCCACCUUCCACCGGUGGAGCUUUCUCGGGACCGCCCCGUCCAGCCGCAAUCCAAGAGCCUGAUGACCCUUGUCCUCCAGGCUCUGGGAUUUCUUCCUGCUCUGUUUGGAGAAGUCCUGGGUGCCUUCUGCAGGUGCGGGGAGGUCCGUUCUCUCCGCUUCCUGCUUACAGCCUUGCUGUUCUUCAGUGUCUUCACAGCUGUGGUAUGUGCACUUCUGUAUUUUGCCCCUGUCUGGGAUGAGGUGAACCAAGGAUUCCUGACUCUGAGUGAAUAUCAUGAGAAGGUCCACUCUCAGGGGCUGCAGCUGCAACAACUUCAGACUGAGCUUGACAGACUCCACACGGAUGUGUCCAGCAUCCGAGCCACCAACAGAGAGAGGGUGGCCCAGCUCGUGUUCCAGAGACUGAAUGAAGAUUUUGGGCAAAAACCUGACUAUGCGCUGAGUUCCGUGGGGGCUUCCAUCGACCUAGACAAGACAUCGCAUGACUAUGAGGACAGGGACACAGCUUAUUUUUGGAAUCGGUUCAGCUUUGAAUUAUGCCAAGCCCCCACAGUCAUCCUGGAGCCCGAUGUUUUCCCUGGGAACUGCUGGGCCUUCCAGGGUGCUAAAGGCCAGGUGGUCAUCCGGCUGCCUGGUCAAGUUCAGCUAAGCGACAUCACCCUGCAGCACCCACCCUCGAGCGUGGCCUACACUGGAGGUGCUAGCAGGUGCUCCCAGGAUUUUGCUGUCUAUGUGAGGCCUCCAGGAGAUGACAAGACUGAAAUUCUCUUGGGUAAAUUCACCUUUGAGAUGGAGAAAUCAGAGAUUCAGACAUUCCAUCUGAAGAAUGAGCCUCCCAUGGCCUUCCCAAAGGUGAAGAUUGAGAUACUCAACUGGGGACACCCACGUUUCACCUGCUUAUACCGGUGCGGGCCCAUGGAUUUUCUGAGUCAUGAUAUCCAGGGAGAAGAUAGCAGGACUAAGGGUGAGAGAAAGGGGCAAGCCUGCUACUACUCUUCAUUAAACCACCUGCUACUUCCAUAUGAGCAGAUUUCAGGGAUCUCUUCAAUGGGAAGCUAGGGAAUGGGGGGAGUGGGGAAUAAAUCUGUGGGUGUUAAUAGGAUACUCAAGUGUCUAUACUCUCUCCUUAGGAGAAUGACAAAUACACUCACAAACAAGAACCCACCUGGAUUUCACUCUAGAGAAAGCUACCUAUUUUUCACUCUAGGACACUGAUCCUAUAACUGGUCACCUUUAUCACAGGUCCGACCUCUGCUCCUAACACCAAGCAUACUUCCUUUAGGCAGAGACUGAAUAACUUUUUCUGUGAGCUGAAAGAGCUCUGGACUAUGUAUAAGAAGUUUGGGUUUCAGUCCCACGUCUAUCACAAGUGAACAACUUUCUAGGUGCCUCUUCUGUCUGUCAAACCAUAGGGUUGUAAAAGUUAAGAGUGGAUCAAUCCCUUCUUUUUUUUUUAACAUUCCAUGGGGCAGCCUAGGUGGCACAGUGGAUAGAGCACAGGCCCUGGAGGUCAGGAGUACCUGAGUUCAAAUCUGGCCUCAGACACUUAACACUUACUAGCUGUGUGACCCUGGGCAAGUCACUUAACCCCAAUUGUCUCACCAAAAAAAACCCCAAAACCCCAACAUUCCAUGAACUAACGUUUUUCUUCUUGUCACCCUGGCUGUGGUGUCUCUACUAUUAUUCCAAAAGCAUUGGGUGUCAUGGAGACAAUGAUGUCUCCUUUUCCAAAAUAGCCUCCUUGGGUCCAAAGCUCAUUCUCCUCACAUUUUGCUUUUAUACAACCUUCUCUAGAGGAAGAUGAGUGUCAUCUUCUUUACUAAUGUCCUCUUCAUCACUUAAGCUGAGAAUCAAAAAAGAAGACAAUGAUCUCUCCUUUACAGUCAGUGCUUUAGUUUUUAUUCAUCAUUCUCAACACUUAAUGAAUACCUACUGUCACAGGACCCUGUGCUUGGUAGAGGAUAUACCAAGAUGAAUUGUGACCAAUGACCAUGGGGAGUUCACAGUCCCAGGCAAAUUUUACAUUCAAAUGGGAUUAGUCAUUGUUAUCCUUUCUAUCUGGGCCAUUUUAGUUUUCAACAUUUGUUUUCCUAGGAUUUGUAGUACCAAAUUUUUUUCUCCCAACCCUCCCUUCCCUCCCCACUCCCCAAGACGAAAAGCAAUCUGAUAUAGGUUAUAUAUGUACAAUCAUAUUAAACAUAUUUCUGCAAUCUGGGCCAUUAAAAAAAAUCCCAUCCACCCUCAGAGAACAGAUGAAUCUAUGAAUCCAAAAAUGUUGUGUGAAAAUAACAGUAACAUGGGGCAGCUAGGUGGCGCAGUGGAUAGAGCACCGGCCCUGGAGUCGGGAGUACCUGAGUUCAAAUCUGGCCUCAGACACUUAACACUUACUAGCUGUGUGACCCUGGGCAAGUCACUUAACCCCAAUUGCCUUAAAAAUAUAUAUUUAAAAAAACCCAAAAUGGUAGCAUCUCCUAAACCUACUUGAAAGAACAUCUGUCCUGAAUUUAUGAAUGUUAUGUUAGCUUAAAACUACAGCCACCCGGGCCUUUGCAUAAAGUUUGGCUCCUUCCCUAUAGUCCUCCUUUGCCCUGCAGAUAUGCAAACUACUCAUUGGCUCAGGUUGAGCCUGAGACCCUCUUGCUUCCAUAUUCAGCUCAGUAGCUUUUCCAUAGCCUCAUUCCUCUCAAUACAAUUGAGUUCCCAUUAUCUUCUUCCAUAGCAGGUCUCCCCAACCAUGAUAUUCAUGUGGGAUGGGGAGGAGUCAUGUGUCAGUUUCUUCAUUGGUUGACCAAACCCAAAGUAUCUAUUGAUGCUGUCACAGCCCUUCCUAGAAUGAAAGGUCUAGGCCCAGAGGUAUGCUGGAUAUUCUAGAGAUGAAGGAGCUAUCCUGUCUCUGCUCCAAGAGAACUUAAAGCCCAGCUGAGAUCAUGGAAUAUAGGAUUGGAAAGGACUUUAGAGCUCACAUAGGUAAUAAGUAGUACAGAUGGAUCAGGUACAUACCAAUUAUACCUCAUGGCAGUGGGUACAACAGGACAAAGCCAUGGGGACAGUAAGGAGAUAGCUUUUUUGUGGGAAAAGAGCAAGGUUUGGAGCAAGAUCAUAGAUUCUGAGGGAGUUUUCUAUUUCCUUCUCCCUGCUGAGGUAGUAUGGGAAAAUAAGCAUUAGAUUUAAAAAUCAAAGGACCUUGGUGUAAAUCCUGGGUGGUUAUUCUCUACCUGUGUGAGGCUAAACUAGGGUAUUAUGCUGUCAAAUUUCGUGUGACAGCACUCAUUACAUAUAUUCUUCUGUUAAAUUUAGUACAUUUCAAAUGCUCAUUUUGGCCUGUGAGGGAAUCUGAGUCAGGAAUUCCCCAUCUCCCUCCCAUUCAUUGGCUGGGGCCUAUCACCAAUUCACUCAGUUGAGGCUAAUCUAAUAAGAUCUCCCAUAAGCAUGACAUGAAAUUUGUCAACAAAUGGUUUAAAUAAAAUUCAA